ACUAAUUUCAUUGGAACUUGCAGGACAAACGUCUUGAUGUUUCCUGCUUCGAGCUACCCCUUGACAGACGCUCAGAAUGGCAGUAGAAAGUACAGGCUGUGACUUUGAAUUUUCCUCCUAAAUAAUUGAGUCAAACUCACCGGAUUUUGCUACAUUUUUUACUGACACAUUCCUUUGCCUUCAGCGCAACACGCCAUUGGAGUUAGUUGGAUUAAAAACCCGACAAAAUAAGCAGUCAACCAUGAUGAGGAUGGUUCAGUUGUCCACGUGAGCUCUGUCCAGGACCGGACGCUGUGGAAGGGUGCUGGGAGGCUUGACCUCUGACCUACGCUUUGACCUCAAACCUCUGAACUCUGACUGCUCCAGUUCAGGAUGGAGGAGCAGUCCAGCUUCCCCAAUGUCAGCAUCCCCUGCUACAACGAGCAGAGGGACAAGAAGAAGCGCUACACUGUUUACAAAGUGAUGGUCAACGUAGGAAGACAUGAGUGGUUUGUCUUCAGGCGAUACGCAGAGUUUGACAAGCUCUACAACACAUUGAGGAAACAGUUUCCAUCUUUGAACUUGAAAAUCCCAGCCAAGAGAAUAUUUGGGGACAACUUUGACCCAGAGUUUAUCAAGCAAAGAAGAACAGGUUUACAUGAGUUCAUUCAGAGACUGGUCUCACAUCCUCAGCUCAGUAUCCAGCCUGAUGUCAGAGCAUUCCUGCAGAUGGACAAAUCUCAAAACCUCUCAGACGCAUCGGAGGACGAAGAUGACAAGAACAGCUCUACCUCCAGAAAUAUUAACCUGGGACCGUCUGGAAAUCCACAUGCAAAGCCCACAGACUUUGACUUUCUCAAAGUCAUCGGAAAGGGGAGCUUUGGAAAGGUUCUCCUUGCAAAACGGAAACUGGACGGGAAGUAUUACGCAAUCAAGGUCCUGCAGAAAAGGGUCAUUCUCAACAGGAGAGAGCAAAAACACAUCAUGGCGGAGCGCAACGUGCUACUGAAGAAUGUAAAACACCCAUUCCUGGUCGGCUUGCAUUAUUCCUUCCAGACGACAGACAAGUUGUACUUCGUCUUGGAUUUCGUCAACGGGGGAGAACUUUUCUUCCAUCUUCAAAAAGAACGGACCUUUCCAGAACCCAGAGCCAAGUUCUACAUCGCAGAAAUGGCAAGCGCACUGGGCUAUCUGCAUUCUCUCAACAUAGUUUACAGGGACUUGAAACCAGAAAAUAUCCUUCUCGACUUUGAAGGACAUAUAGUUUUGACGGACUUCGGAUUGUGCAAGGAAGGCAUUUCCCAAGCCGAGACGACAAGCACAUUUUGUGGGACACCUGAGUACCUAGCUCCAGAGGUCCUGAGGAAACAACCAUAUGACAACACAGUGGACUGGUGGUGUCUAGGAUCAGUGCUCUAUGAAAUGCUCUUUGGCCUGCCUCCGUUCUACAGCAGAGACACCCAUGAGAUGUAUGACAACAUCCUCCACAAGCCCCUGAUGAUGCGUCCCGGAGCGUCCAACACGGCCUGGUCCCUCCUGCAGGCUCUACUGGAGAAGGACGGCACACACAGACUGGGCUCCAGAGACGACUUUAAUGAGAUCAAAGCACAUAACUUCUUCUCUGCGAUCAAGUGGGAUGACCUGGAACAGAGAAAGGUUCCACCUCCAUUCACUCCCAAUGUGAAUUCUCCUUACGACAUCACAAACUUUGAUCCAGAAUUCACAGAUGAGACCAUUCCAAACUCUGUGUGCUAUACUGAACAUGCCAUAGUCAAUGCCAGUGUAAUGGAGGCUGAUGAUGCCUUCCUAGGUUUCUCCUACGCACCCCCCUCAGACGACUCCUUCCUAUGAAAGACUUGCUGUGAGGACCUGCCCCAGAGUUCUGGGAAAUUGCCUUAACCAGGGCUCUACGCUAACUUUUUUUUUUUUUUUUUACAAGGAGCACGUGUGCACCUAAGUUGAAAAAUGUAGGUGCACACAAAGAAAUGUAGGACCACAUUGAAAAAUAUUUGAGGUAAGAAAGCUAGAAUCCUUAAUUAUUCUAGGCGCACUGGUGCUCCUAAAUAAAAAUUCCAUGUCGCACAGCAAGAUCUUAAGGCACAUAUGCGAUCAAAAUGGAUGCACUGUAGAGCCUUGGCCUUAACCCAGUAUUAUUCUAUCCUGGUCCUGGAAAUCUAUAGGAUAUGCAGGAUUUGUUCCAGCCCAGUAGCUUGUUGAUUAGUGUAUUUAGGUGUGUUAGUGCUAUGCUGGAACAAAGCCUGCACACCCUGUGGGUCUCCAGGAUCAGGACUGAAAAACACUGCCUUAACCUGUCCUAAAUAUUUUGAAUAAAAGGGAAGAAUUUAUAUUGUGGAUGAACCCGUUUUGAGAAAAGCCAAAGUGAGCAGAAGUUGUGAUCAGACAGCACUUAUGAAAAGGGUUUGAGCUGCAGACUGUGUCAAAAAACUUUAUUUUUACCUAAUGAUAUUUAUAUAACAAAUUAUAUUUUUAAGAAAUGUCGGCCAUCUUUCUUUCUUGACACAUGUAUUGGUUGUUGGCUCAUGUCCAUUUUGGUUCUUUGUUUGAAGAAACGAGGACAUUCAGUGUGGUGUUGUCAGGUUGGGGUGGG